AUGCAAGGGUUCACCAUUCCGACUCAGCAGCCACGAAUCAUUGAGAUUGCACCAAGAGAGAAAUUCAAGGUUGACGUUUCCAACGAACAGGGGGUUUCAUCUGCCGUGGAUGGCGAUGUCAUCGGAUUGGACAUCGUUCUCAUGCUCGUGGGAAGCAGAGUUCAAUCGAUAGAUGAUAUCAAAUCCUGCAUCUCAAUAGGUCAAGCCCUUUUUCGACAUGGUCACCGAGUUCGGGUCGUAACACAUUCCGUGUUUCGUACGCUUGUGCAGCGAUCUGGACUAGGGUUCUUCUCCAUAAGUAGUGAUUCAGAUCACCCGAUGGCCAAAAUGGACUCAGGCCUUAUGCCCGGCCUGCUUAGUCCGCAGAGAUGUGAAGUCAUGAAGAACAGCAAAAUCCUCAUGGAUUCACUCAACUCGAGUUGGGUUGCUUGCACUCAUCCAGGAACAUGGAAAGAUAAACCAUUUUGCGCCGAUGCGAUCAUUGCAACACCUCUUGCGCACGGUCACAUUCACUGUGCACAACGACUGUCGAUUCCGCUCCACGUCAUGUCUUCCAAUCCGUGGACACCGACCAAACAAUUUGCACACCCAUUGGCAAACAUUCAGGCUAACGAUGAGAUGAGCUUUGAGGUGCAGAAUUAUCUUUCAUAUCUGUUGAUCGAAGAAUCGCUAGCACAUGAGUGA